GAUGAACAAAGUGAAGGUUCAUGAAACUGAUAAGAAUGUUGCUGCGUAUAAGGGCUGAGAGAGUGGCUUGUUUUUUUUGUGGCUGUUAAUUAAGCCAUGUAUGUAAAAUAAACUGUAUGUAGUGGUUUUAUCUUUUUAUACGAAUUUUAUGCACACUGUUUAAUGAUGUUUUGUGUUAUAUUUUUGGGUAAAAUUAAUCAUAAUUACAUGGAUUAAUAAAUCAAUAUCAGAAUACAGAAUAUUGUUUAUUGUUAAUUAUGGAAUUGGAUAAAUUUGGGUAUAAGUAUUGACAUUUUCAUUUUCGAUAUUUUUUAUACAAAAUUUAUUAAAUUAUCCAACCACUUUUUCACACGUCAGCACAAUUUAUAAUUGUUUAAAUUUAAUUAAUCGUAACUGGAACUAUUGUUAAAACUACAGAGCUUUUGUUCCCAUACAACCUGUUGACAAUGCAAAACCGUUCGCGUUGCGUGGCCUCCCCCUCCACUAUACACUAUACAAUUUAUACAACUUUGUGGCUAUUAUUAUAAAAGUGUACAACUUAUCGCACCAAGAUGUUGAGGUGCGUUGUUGAGGUCCACAUUAUCCCAUGACUAUGUGGCAGUGCACGUUGCACUUACUCUGCUCUAUUUAGUUAGUUUCAGUGUUACUUGUAUAGUGUGUGGGGUUGAGGUGUUAUGUUGUGACGUUAUGUUAGUUAUUCAAAUAUGAUUGGAAUUUGCUUUUAUUUUAUUGUUUUGUAAUAUUUACGUAGUGCCUGUCAAUGAACUUGGAUGACCUCCAGGCUAAGUGACCCUUGUUGAUUUAUAAUCAGUCAUUGAUUUUACUAUGCUGUGUUUUAUGAUAUUUUGUAUAAUGUAUGUACUGAAGUAAUGGUGUUGUAUGAAGCUGUAUUUACGUAAAUAAUGUUGUGUAGUUUUCAUUAACAAUAGCAUCAGUCGCUUCAAGCGGGCGUGUGACAAUACACAAUAUUAUAACAGUUUAACAAAAUCGACAUAAAAACUGCUAUCGCUAUUCACCUUACUUUCCCCAGCAACACAUCUGGGAAACUGCCUAUAAUGUUUUAAAUCUUGAUAUUAAAUUAUCAUGAUUAUGUCAGAGAAUAUGAUCAAAUUAUGUGAAUAAGGUUCGUUCCACAAAAUUCGAAUAAAGCACUUUCACAGUACGGAGGGCGGAGGCUAAUGUUUGCUUAGCUAAUGAUGUAACGAGUUUAUAUUAUAAUAUGAGAUGUCUGCACUUUACAGCUUUUAUUUCCUAGUUCAGUUCUCUUAAAACGUUGCGCUUCCUCAGCCCUGCUCAAAGUUCCCCGACUUGAUAAUCUCUCCUUUGUCACUUAGAGGUGACGUGUGCAUGUGAACUAUUUCUAGUCCUGACUUUGUGUUGCUGGUGGCACUAUUUCUUAACACAUUUAACCUCUAUUUUCCAUUAGAGAGAUGGCUAUCAGGGGUCCGGCGGGGGUCUCCAUCUCUAACACUGGCAUACUACUGAUAUGUGUCUGUGUUCUCAUGUUGUUCGUCUACACAUUCAGAGGCUCGAUAUCAGAGAGUGCUGGAUAUGGGAGCGAUUAUGGGAGUAAGUAUGACAGAGAGUACAAGGUAUCAGAGGUCCUCUCAGCUGCUAUAUAUCUGUCAGAGAAAGCGGGCAGAUUAGUUAAAGAUAUCAGAGAACAAGAUGCACUGCAAGAGCAGAGUAAAGGUGAAACUAAAGAGGGAGUAAACGAUCCCCUUACUGAGGGUGACCUAAUGUCUCACAGAAUUCUUGUAAAGGGAUUCAUGAAAGCUUUCCCUGCCCUUAACCUUGUCAGUGAGGAGCACGAGGAGGAGUCAAUAGAAGGAGUAGUUCCUCCCAACCUCUAUCACCCUGAUGUUCAGAAAGUCCUCAAAUCAGACCCAUACAUAGCAGCAGAAGAUAUAACAGUAUGGGUAGACCCGCUAGAUGCUACGAAGGAGUAUACAGAGAGGCUAACCCAGUAUGUGACUGUGAUGGCGUGUGUUGCUGUUAAAGGUGUCCCCGUUGCUGGGGUUAUCAGAAAACCAUUCGAUGAUAAAACUUAUUGGGCUUGGGUCGGCCAUGGUGUGUCGGACACCUUACAAGGCCUACACGGAUCUGAAGAAGGUGACGCCCUGGAAGUUAUAGUGAGUUUAUCUCACAAGGGCGAAGUUGAGGGCAUUGCUAAGAAAGCUUUCGCUCCUAAAGAAGUCCAUAUUACCGGCGCUGGAGGCGCUGGAUAUAAAGUAGUAGAGGUAAUCAAAGGAACUGAAGAUGUUUAUGUCCACACCACUUUAAUCAAGAAGUGGGACAUCUGUGCAGGAGAUGCCAUCUUGCGCGAAAUCGGAGGAACGCAGACAGACCUUCGGGGAGAUGAAAUUAACUACAGUCACGAAUUAGAUCCUAAAAAUGAACAUGGGCUGAUAGCCACCAUGCACGACCAUGAGAAGUAUAGGGAAGCUUUGGCUGCUUCACUCUAAAUCAUAGAUCAUCAUGAACUUUUACAUUUUUGUAUUUUAAUUUCAUUCUGAGUGUAUUGGAUGACAUUAUUAUGGCUUUACAAAAUCCUUAUAUUUUCGUAUUUGGAGAUAUGUUAGCCGAGGGUAUGUAAUAAACACAAUUUUCAAUUGGAACAUUUGAUCUGAAUAGGCAUCUCUAAGCAAAUUGUUUCGCCCAAACUUUAUUUGAUGAGAUCAUGUUUGUCUAAUUCAAUUUACUUUUAAUGAAUGCUAACAAAAUAAUGUAAUUCUCUAACGGGUAUUUAUUGCAUUCAUUUUAACUGCGUAAUUAACUCUUAGAUUUUCACAUACUGCUGAAAACUUGAAGUGCUAUCAAAUGGUCUCUAUUUCACCCAAUGUUUCAAAUUAAAAUGCAUUGACCUUCUUGGUCGAUAAAAUAUGUUUUAAAUUACUAUUUUGAAUGUAAAAGGUAGUUUAAUUUAUAAUAAUUGUGAAUGCUUUAUGCUAGUUUAUUUUGUAAAAAUUGUAA